UAUAUAUAUAUAUAUACGGAAUAUCCUGUACAAGUUUCCAGUAUUGCGGGAAAAAGAAUUAAAACGAAUUAACGAAACACUUUUAUCUAUAGACACUUUAUCCGGUAGGAAAAUAUAUGUGGUGUCAGGGAUAACAUUUUAUGCGUCAACAGUCCUCCAUAAUGUUGGACUUACGAGACACUCUGUAGAACAUUCGCUCCGGACAGCCCUUCGAUCUGUUCCUCGACGCGAGACAUUGUCGUUAAUUCAAUUCCGUCAUCUGAUAACAUCCCUCAAUACUACGAAACGUGUGUCUUAUUUAUCGAAAUCAGUCAGAUUUAUUAUUAUUAUUAAACUUUUCAUUUACUUCCCAAAUUAAUUAUACGUUUCUUCUGUCAAGCUUGCAGUUGCAUUUCAGUUGAUUACAAAACAACGCACGAUUGCAAUCUCUUAUCGAGAAAACGAUUUCAAUUUUCCAAACGCGAGAGAUAUGAUCUUUAUUUAUUGCAAGCACAUGGUAGAGAAGAGGUGUUACCAGGUUGACGAGUCAGCAUUUCUCACACAACUUAUGUAUAAAGACCUAAAUAUUAAUUAUUCGUAAUCAUUGCGAUUAACGACCCGCGAGAGGUAGCGGACGAUGUAACUAACUGGGUGUGUAUGUAUAUAAAUAUAUUGUGUGUGUAUGUAUGUAUAUAUAUAUAUAUACACGCACACAUUAUAUUAUAUUGACUCAUGUAUAUAAGUCAAUUUACGGGUUGCAUUCUUUGGCUAUUAAAUAUAUUCUAAUUACCAUAAAGGGACAGAAUGCGGGGGAAGGGAAACGGAAAAAGAAAUCGACGGAUAUACAUAUAGUGGACUUGUAUAUAUACACAUAAUGCAGCUCUGUACAUGCAAACUCGACAUGUAUACAUAAAUAUAAAUGUAUAUUUUAUGUACUUAUACUUAUAUAUAUAGGUACAUAAAAUAAAAAAGGAAGAAUGAGUUAGGUUACAACUUGCUGUAUACAGUAUCUCUGAGCAACUCGGCGAGCUGAAAGUAAUUCCGAGAGCCUGAAAUUCCGUUCUGUUUGCAUUUUCACCGUGCGUCACGCGGCAAUUAGACGUUACUCUUAAUAAACGCGUCGCGUAUGAAUUCCAUAUUUCCUUGUCUCUUGAGCAAAAAAAAAAGAUUGCUCUUGCACUCACAUGUCGAUUGAAAAAAAAUUAUUUGAAAAUAUAACAGACGACAAAAUUCGACAAAGCGGACCUGCCAAAAUAAAUCCCAAUUGUGCUAGCUGUUAAACAAUCUUUUCUUUCUUAAUUUAUUUUUUUUACGUUUUGCGGUAAUAUUACAUUAGUAUUGAUAACUUUUCGUAUAUAUGUAUAUACCCAGUGAACAGACACUGUCCGCAGUAUAAACAAAUUGAUAGAUGCUCGUAAACCAACAGAUUUAGUAUCAUUUUUGUCCGCAUUAAACUUAUGCUUUGCCGGCAGAGCUUAUUGAUUAUAUAUAUUCUAUUUAUCAAAUCCUGCUCGAUUUCUCUAGCCAAUUUAUAUCAAACUGUAAAGCAAGUAUGCCAAAGCUUUUCGUCAUUAAUGUGUCAUCCUAGUUUGUUAACAAACUAUCAAUGUUACUGCAUAUGUCAGAUCCUAUAUCAGAUCUAUAAUAUUUUCACUAAGAAAAUUCAUAACAAAUACUUUAUAGAACCAGUUUUCAACAGUUUUGGCUCGAGUGUGUGUGCAUAUAUAUUCUAGCAAACUACCAUUGCAUCGUUAUUAUAAUUUCCUACUCAGCAAUAUGUAAUAUAAUAUAACAUACGUUAUAUGUAACAUUGGUGAGUAGAAAAUUGUAACAUCAAUAUAAUAUCAUUACUUUGUGUUUACUGGAAUAUACAAAGGCGUGCACGAAAAGAAAUCAAUUUCUCGUCAAAAAGGACUUCUAUCACAUUUAAAUCUGAAAAAGAUAAAAAUAUGAAUGGCAAUAUCCUGAUAAAUAUGCGUUUGUAGAUUAAUUCCUGUUAUCUUAUAUAUAAUUUUUAUGUAUUGGGAGAUACGAAUCGUCGUGCUAGAUUGCAAUUGCAUCAUGACAUUAACAAAUUUAAUGCAUAAUUGUCGGACUUAUUUUUCCAAAAUUUUUCCUUGCAGGUUAUAUUUACGUUUCGCGGAAACGCGGUUUACUUCCCGCCACGUGGAUCCGCGCGCCUGCGCGCAGAACGGCCAGGUUUAACUCUGACACUGAGCGGCGUGACCUCGAGCUGCUCGUCGAGUUGUUCUUUCAUUUUCAUACACAGACGUUCACCGACCGCGACUUCCCUUUAAUUUUUUCUCUGGCAUUUUUACGCGGGAGAUUCUGGAUUUUUGUCUUCAAGGUAAGGAGAAUCGGUUGGAUUCACUUAGGGUUCAUCUCUCCCGACAUCCUUCGCGUAGCUGGAGAUUUAUGGAUAUGUCGCGAGCGACAAGUAUUACACUGUCGAUAUUUACAUAGAUUUCAUUGUGGCAUUUCAUCGUGGAUCCGCGUCCAUUAAGUUCUCUAAGGAUAGGAUAAUGUACGAACGAAAUAAAAGAAAAUUGAGAACAAAUACGCUUAAUACAGAAUGAACCGUUCCUUGAGGUGUUCAAGAAUGCAUCUGCAAUCGGAUCUGCAUUGGAUUUCUUUUUUGUAGUUCAUUGUAGCAAAUCAUGCACUUCAUUGUAUCUGUACUGCAAGUUUGCUACAUGUAGAUGAUUUGAUUAAUGUUUGAUUAAUGCCAGCCUGAAUGUCUCUGAUGCAAUGGCACAAACUAAAAUAGAUCAGUUCUAUAAAAUUAUAAGUAGCAAUAGAAAAUGUGAAAGUGUAAAAAAAGGUAUUGAUAAGAAAUCAUCUAAUACGAGAUUCUCAAUAAUUGGCAAGACGAAAGAAGGAUUAUCAAGCAAAUUAAAAACUUCUAUAUAUAAGAAUAAACAAACUACAUCCAAAAUGAGUGAGAAACAAAAGAAGCAAAAUAAUCUCUUGUCACACAAUGAAACGUCUCAUUUGUGCGAAGCUUAUAAUAGUCCAACUAAAGCUAUAGAAAAUUAUAGUCCAACUAGAGUUAUAGAAAGUACAACAGUAACAUCAUCAAUUGCUAAAUAUACUUCCCCUAUCAAAAGUCAACAACAAACUCCUAUAAUGCAUAGUGGCACAAAAUUCACACCAAAGAAAUCAUCUCCAAUAAAAAAUGCAUUAGACAAUUCAUCAGAACAUGCAAAGAUAGUGCGAAAGAAGUUAUUUAAGGAUAGAAUUGAUGAGUUAAUAUCUAAAACAAUAAAAAAUCUAAACUUGGCCAAGGAAGGAGCCAUUGCUGACAAUAACAUUAAUUUGGAAAAAGUUUACUCAAGUGGAAAAUUUAACUUAGAAUACAAUUCUAUAGAUACUACAACUUCGACAAGAUAUGAAAUUAAUGAUGUGAUUGUACCUGUAGACACAUAUUCGUUACAUUUUUUCUUAGUCAUUGUUACUGUAUUCUCCAAUCCCAUCAACUGCGGAUAUUUCGAUCAGGACGAGAGAGAUUUGAUAUUUUCGCUCAUCACCCUUCAAAGCCGCGAGCAAGCAUUAUUGAUACGUAUGCUAAAGAGAAAAUGCAUGUGGCGCAGAAUAAGCAAUAUUAAAUAUGAUGAGAUAGCUAGUGAUCUAAAGCCUAUUUUUGAUAAACUUAUAUCACGAUCUAUUUUUAAAAGUAAUAUGGAAGAAGAAGAUAUAUCCGUUUUGUUAAAUUUGCUGCAAGUCGAUGAACUUCGCAAGCUUUGUCAGGAAUUAAAGAUCAACAGUAGUGGAAAGAAGGAGAAUCAUAUACAAUCUAUUCUAACAUUUUGUCGCAAAACGAAAUCAUUGUUUCCUGGAAUGUCAAGUCCCGCCACUAAAUUACGUGCAUCAGUGAAUAAGCGCCUGGGGGAUUGUAUAUUAUUGAAUAUUAGAGUGAAAGAAAUAGUUGAUAGAAUAAUUACGUUGCUGAUACCCAAUCGAGAUCCUUUUGAAACAUUAGCGGACAUAUUCCUAAUGUUAUUAAGAGUUUCGACUGAUCAAAUCAAAUUUCCAGAAAUAACCAUAAGUGACUUUCCUAUUUUCGCUAGUAAAGGACAUCUGUUAAAUUAUAUCGAGGCUAAAAAUACAUUAUUUAAUGUAUUAAGUGCAAUCGAGGAAAAACAAUGGGAAACUGUACGAAGUCUUGGAACUAUAGCUGCACAACAUUUAUCGCUUUUUUUAGAAGCUGAAUCGGAAAGUCUUCGAGAUUCUACUCUGCCUCGCCACAUUAGGCGUUUUAUGCCGGGUUAUAUGUGGCUUAAAGUCUUGUCCAAAAGCAUUGACGCAUUUAAAAAGACUAAAGAAACGAUGUCACAAGCGAUAGAAUAUUUGCAAAUAUUAAUAAAUCAGAAUUGUCAUAUGAAAAAUAGAAAAGGUCAAUGGUACAGCGAGUUAAUCAAGAUAGAAAUGUAUCACAGAAAGAAUCUUGAUGCGAGUGUCGAGAUAUUAUUGGACGCGAUAUCAUAUGAGAACUUAACGGAAGUUGACAGAUUAGAUUUAUUCGAGAGAGCAGAGAUGAUUGCUAAGAAAAAAUCCGACAUCAGCGAACAGACCAGAAAUGCUAUUAAAUAUAUAUUGGCCAAUGUACCUAGCAAGACGCUUACAUUCCAGAAUUCUAUUACGAUAAAAGGCAUUUUGUGUGGAAAUACCUCACAGAGGAAGAGUAACUGGUGUAUCACCAAUGACGUAGACGAACAAAUAUAUGGCUCGGUUGAAAGUCUAGCGUUAUAUCACUACAAAUGCAAGGGUUAUAUCAAGGGCACGCAUUGCGAGGGUGCUUUUCCAAUCACCCUAUUCACUAUAUUGUUCUGGGAUGAGAUUUAUGAUAUGAAUAUUCCCGGUGCUUGGGUAUCAUUAUAUCAGGAUGCGCCGCUGGAUUUAUAUUCCUCGGAAUUUUACGAGAAUAGAAAGAAACAGAUCGACAUGAAGCUUCAAAUUGUUCGAAAAUUUGAUGAGGAAACAUUGAGUAGACAUUUGAAGCGUGAAUUCGAUUUGCACUGCGAAUAUAAAUCUAUCUUUCAAGGCAAUAUUUUUGAUAACAGUAACAGCUUUCAGGAAGUGACGUAUUGUUUAGGAGUAGAAGGUGUUGUUGGAAUUUGUGAACGACUUAUCCAUAAUUUUCCACUUUGGACAGCUGGUUUUCCAGAUUUAAUUGUAUGGAACGUACAUACAAAACAGUACAAGAUUGUGGAGGUAAAGGGUCCGGGUGAUUCUCUGUCAACCAAACAAAAAUUAUGGUUAGAUUAUUUGAAUCGACUUGGUCUAAAUACAGAAGUGUGCUAUUGCGAGUCAAACGCAAGUCAUUCUAAAGGACGAAAGCGAAAGCAUGAGGAACUGUGAUAACACGUUUACCAUAAUUCAAAAAUUACACUACAUGCGCGUGUAGAAAAGGAAAACGAGCAUUAUAUUUUAUAUUGUGAUAUUUGUAUUUAUAUAUCUGUAUCUACAGAUUUUUUUAUCUUCCUAAUUAUAAUAUACAAACUUAAACUUAUAUUUCAACGAAUACUUCUAUAAUGAUCAAAGGAUUUUAAUUGAUGAGGAAUGAUACAC